UCAUUCGCGCAACCGGUAGAAUUGCACAUCGAUUUUCCAUAACUGGAAGCCGUGAUGAUGGCCGAGAAGAAAUCGGAUUUACACUUGAACGGUAAAAACGUCAUAGAAAGAAGGAAUAAUUAUGCCGCUCCAGUGAGGUUAUGGGAUAAACUGGAAAUAAACGAGUGGACAUUUAGCCUCUUCCUUUUUGUAAUGUCGUUAACCAUCGUUCUAGGAAAAUUGUAUAUGAAUUACGGAAAUAUUUUGCAGCCAGAAAGUAAUUCUAAGCCCAUAAUAUUGUCGACAACUGUGUUUCCAAACAUCUCCAAUAUAUUUAAUGUUUCACGCAUGCCAGAUGUGUCAAAGUUCAAUACAAAACAUCUAACAGCUACGUAUGGAUGGUUAAUAAAAGCAGCGAUAAGUGGUCUCAUAAUGAUGGGUUUUACCUGGUUUAUCAUUUACCACGAUAGCAGUAUUCCUGGGAUCAAUCCACCUUCUCCUUUUAGUCCUUCUAAGCAAAGAUUUUCGAAGGAAUCAUCUGGAGUACAAAUGAACUACUUGUUUGGCUUAUUGAACGGAAUUCUAAUUUUUAUCUACAUGUGCCUUUAACUUUAUAGUAGUAUCGUGUGAAUAGUUUAUAUUAUGUUAAAUUUAAGCAUAUUUCAUAGAAGAACGAAAACUGUUUGGGGAAAUAGUUUAUUCGUAUGCAGCAAGAUGAUAUGUUCGAGCGGAAGAAAUAGUUUUCUCAGACGUGUAUCUUAAAGUUUACAAAUAAUUAUUUCAUGGUUAAUUUAAAUUACUAUAAGAACAACGAAAUAUCUAGUGAAAGAAAGUAUUAACAAAAAGCAAAUGCAAUAUUAUAUUAUACAUAUAUACAAUUCGUAAUCUUAUAAUGUACAAAAUAAUUUUGCUACGUUCGGUGAAUUCUUUCUUUGCGAUAUUUAACGUCCUUAACAUGUAAGACUGACUAAAUGUCUUUACAUUUUCUAUUUAUUAAAAAAUCGAAAGGAGCUCUGGAUAGCUAAACAUAAUAGUAUUAUACAUAGUACCUUCUGGUGUUAAGUUAUUGUACAACAUGUGCUUGAAUCUCUCUAGAAACUGUUGACAUAGAAACAAUAUUUUUGUAAACGGAUCAACAGAAUUGUAAUAUCGUACCUUAAGAGCCUCAAUGUCAACGAACUAGAAGAUUUUGUAAAAAUUUGUUAUGAUUAUUUAUUCUUUAAGUAUAGUUCGUAUUCGAACGAAA